AUGGCAUUCAGGGGAAUGAAAGGGCGUAAGAAUAUAAUGCCUCGACUUCUUGCGCAGGUUCAGUACAAUCAUAUGGUGAUGGUGACGAGGGAGGAUGCUUACCCUAGGUGGGACAACGACGUGGAGGAUGAUGACGUCGAUAACGUCAUCAAGGCCUUGUAUGGUGAGCUGGGUGGAGUGUGGAGAUGGAAGCCAUCCGACUGGAUCCGCGAAGGAAUAAUGGUUUUGGAUAACGUGAAGGCAGAGAAGGGUUUUCCCAGGAAGAGACUGCUGGAUUCAGAUGACCUGUCCGUGAAGAGACCAUGCCAUGCCUAUGGGAUGGAAGGACAGUCCUCCGACGCUGGUUUGGGGACAAUCCAGUCCGCAUUGCAAGCAAUGUUUGAUCAGUUCACUGUGUGUCAGUCAGGUCAAAUCACCAACCGGUUCGAUAGGCUCGAAUACAAGGUCGAGCUCCUCACCAACCAGGUGACCUCGCUGGAGUCUGCUGUGGAGAAGCUUAGACAGGGCUCAUCGGAAGAUACAACAGAUAAGGAGCAUGACAAGUCCAACGAGGCUGUUGGGUACGAAGGAAAGGAAGAAGAGCCGGCCGGUGCUGCAAAGGUUCACGCAGACGCUAAGGUCCCCGAAGCUUCUAAGGUUCCCGAAGCUUCUAAUGUUCCCGAAUCUUCUAAUGUUCCCGAAGCUUCUAAGGUGCCCGAAGCUGCUGCCCCGAACCAGACAGCCGAAUUCUGCGAGAGUGACAACGAUAAGGACGACAGUUGCGAGUUCCUGAGGCAAGUUACGCCGUCGAAAACAGACACGGUCGAAAAUCUAAAAAGAAGGCAACCGAAGGACACGGCCAAGAUAUUGGAUGCGAAAAGGCGGAGGACAGAGCGGAUCAGGAUACUAGCGGAGACACAAAGUGGUGUUUACAUUGGUAAUAGUACGGCGAAGCGUAUAGUACCUAACGAUGGAGCUAGAGGACGUGGAUAUGAUCCCUUCGCGCCAUUGGACAAGGGGACGAAGAAAGCCGUCAUAGAGUACUGCAAGAAGUUUCCUGGUUCAGGAAGGAGGAAGACCAUAAAAACAGCCAAGGAGUAUCCCUUAAGAUUUUGGUGGUAUGACCUUCUGAAUCAGAAGGAGUGGCUGGAAGACACGCACAUAAACACUGCAAUUUAUUUACUGAGGGCACGCUUGAUGGAUCACCCAGAGUGGUUCACAAGUGAUCGUAUCUGCUUUGUGGACACAUACUUUGGGCACUACUGGAGUGCUAAGUACGAGGAGUUCAAGCUCAUAGAGGCUAACGAGAAGGGCGAAGGGAAGCCCCUACAAAAUCUAUCGUGGGAUUACUAUAAAGGUGCACAACCAGAGCCCCGGCCAACAAACAAGAUUUGGGGGGUCGACAUUGACGAACUUUACGUCCCUUUCAACGUGAAAACUGACCAUUGGGUAGCUCUGCUCAUUUCCUUGCCGAAGAGGCAUAUCACUGUGUACGAUAGUCUACCCCAUCACGUGAAGCCGGAAGAGUUACCUGCACUCUUAGAACCAUUGGCGGUGAUGUUUCCCUAUUUGAUGAGGACAUGCGUUGACGAGGACAUGAAGUACUUGUGGACUCUGGAACCGUUUACUUAUGACCGGCCAAUCGGACAAGCGAGUUGGACUAAUUAG